AUGGCUGCCGUCAAUGGCACAGCGCCCCUUGCCAAUGGCACUGCCAAUGGCAUUGCGAAUGGCACCGCCUCGAGCCCUACACGAAUCCCAAUCCUGGGCAAGGAGGACAUCAUAAUCGACUACGGACUGCUGCACAACUUUGUCGCAAACGACCUGCUCGAGAACACCCCCUCAGCAACCUACGUCCUCAUCACCGACACAAACCUCUUCCCUCUCUAUGUCCCCUCCUUCCAGAAGACCUUCGCCGCCGCCGUUGCCUCCAAGAAUGCCGGCAAUGUGCGCCUCCUCACCUACGCAAUACCCCCCGGCGAGAGCUCCAAGGGAAGGGAGACCAAGGCCGAAAUUGAAGACUGGAUGCUGUCACAGAAGUGCACCAGGGAUAUUGUGGUCAUUGCCCUGGGCGGAGGCGUCAUUGGCGACAUGAUCGGAUACGUCGCCGCUACUUUCAUGCGCGGCGUCAAGUUUGUCCAGGUCCCCACCACCCUCCUCGCCAUGGUCGAUUCGUCCAUUGGUGGCAAGACCGCCAUUGACACGCCCCUGGGCAAGAACCUGAUCGGCGCCUUCUGGCAACCCAGCCGUGUCUACAUUGACCUGGCUUUCCUGGAGACGCUGCCGGCUCGGGAGUUCAUAAAUGGCAUGGCUGAGGUCGUGAAGACGGCCGCCAUCUGGGACGAGACUGAGUUUACUGCCUUGGAGCAGAAUGCCCCCACGAUUCUCGAGGCCGUCAAGUCAAAGGCAAAGAACAGGUUGGCUCCCAUCCGCCACAUCCUCAAGAGGAUCGUACUCGGGUCCGCCCGAACCAAGGCCGAGGUUGUCUCUGCCGACGAGAGGGAGGGUGGCCUGCGGAAUCUUCUCAACUUUGGACACUCCAUUGGCCACGCCUACGAGGCCAUUCUCACGCCCCAGGUGCUCCACGGUGAGGCUGUUGCCAUCGGCAUGGUCAAGGAGGCUGAGCUUGCCCGCUUCCUUGGCAUCCUGCGCCCGGCGGCAGUGGCUCGUCUCGUCAAAUGUAUUGCGAGCUACGAGUUACCAACCUCGCUGAAGGACCAGCGUAUUGUACGACUGUCAGCAGGGAAGAAAUGCCCUGUGGAUGUGCUGCUGGACAAGAUGGCGGUUGACAAGAAGAACCACGGCACCAACAAGAAGAUCGUCCUCCUGUCGGAAAUUGGCAAAUGCUAUGAACCCCAGGCGAGUGUGGUUGAUGACCGCAACAUCCGCGUCGUCCUCACGCCUGCCACCCGUGUCACGCCUGGCAUCCCUAAGGACCUGAACAUCAGUGUGACCCCUCCCGGGUCCAAGAGCAUCUCGAACCGGGCUCUGGUGUUGGCUGCCUUGGGUGAUGGUGAAGUGCGCAUCAAGAACCUGCUGCGCUCAGACGAUGUCGAGUACAUGCUCUCCGCGGUCUCGGGUCUGAAUGGAGCCACCUACUCCUGGGAGGACGGUGGCGAGAUCCUUGUUGUGAAAGGCAAGGGCGGCAAGCUUGAGGCGAGCCAGGAGCCACUGUACCUUGGCAACGCGGGGACCGCAUCACGAUUCUUGACCAGCGUGGUUUCUUUGGCCUCGCCAUCCUCUGUAUCUUCGACGGUCUUGACUGGCAACUCACGGAUGCAACAAAGACCUAUCGGGCCUCUGGUCGACUCUAUGCGUGCCAACGGAGUCCAGGUCAAGUAUCUCAACCGGGAAGGCAGCUUGCCCGUCCAGGUGGAUGCUGCCGGCGGCUUCGAGGGCGGCGUGAUUGAGCUGGCGGCCACCGUCUCAUCUCAAUACGUCUCAUCGCUACUCAUGACCGCCCCGUACGCCAAGAACCCAGUCACUUUAAAGCUUGUUGGAGGCAAGCCCAUCUCACAACUCUACAUUGAUAUGACCGUCUCUAUGAUGAGCGCGUUCGGUGUUCAAGUCGAGCGCUCCACCACGGAAGAAAACACGUACCACAUUCCAAAGGGUGUCUACCAGAAUCCAGCAGAGUAUGAGAUCGAGAGCGAUGCAAGCUCAGCUACUUACCCUUUGGCCAUCGCGGCUAUAACGGGCACUACUUGCACGGUCCCAAACAUUGGAUCGAAAUCACUGCAAGGCGACUCCCGGUUCGCUGUAGAUGUGCUCCAGGCGAUGGGCGCCACCGUGAAGCAGACCGAUUACACGACGACGGUGACUGGUCCACCAAUUGGGCAAUUGAAGGCCAUCCCGCACGUCGAUAUGGAGCCCAUGACCGACGCCUUCUUGACUGCCUCGGUUCUGGCUGCCGUUGCCGACGGUACAACACAGAUCACUGGAAUUGCCAACCAACGGGUCAAGGAAUGCAAUCGCAUUGCGGCAAUGAAGGAACAGCUCGCUAAAUUCGGCGUACAAUGCAAUGAGCUCGAUGACGGAAUUGAGAUCAUCGGGCGGCCCUACCAAAGCCUGACGGAGCCAGCUAACGGCAUCUACUGUUAUGAUGACCAUCGUGUGGCAAUGAGUUUCAGUGUCCUCUCAGUGGUUGCACCCCGUCCUGUGCUCAUCUUAGAGCGCGAGUGCACAGGAAAGACCUGGCCAGGCUGGUGGGACGUUUUGUCUGAGUCUUUCAAAGUCACACUGGAUGGCGAAGAACCUACAUCAGAGCACGAGCAUCAUGGCCAAACUCCCAAGCCCCAGUCAGACCGGUCGAUUUUCUUGAUUGGCAUGAGAGGCGCGGGCAAGACGACGGCAGGAGGUUGGCUGGCGAAGACUCUGCGCCGAAAAUUCAUCGAUCUCGAUGAGGAGCUGGAGCGAAGGAUAGGCCAAACAAUUCCAGAGAUGAUCCGCGGCGAUCUUGGCUGGGACGGUUUCCGAAAGGCAGAAUUGGAUCUCCUACAGAACAUGAUGACGAACCAAGCUCACGGUCACGUCUUCUCCUGCGGCGGCGGCAUUGUCGAGAGCCCUGAGGCCCGAGAUAUGCUGAUUUCUUACAAGAACAAUGGCGGAUACGUCCUGCAGGUGCAUCGUGAUACCGACCAAGUCAUCGAUUACCUGCUCAUUGACAAGUCGCGGCCUGCUUAUACAGAGCAGAUCCGCGAGGUUUAUGAGCGACGCAAACCCUGGUUCGAGAAGUGCAGCAACUACAAAUAUCACAGCCCACAUCCAGCUGGCUCCUCAGCUGUCCGGGAGGCACCGGCGGAUUUCAGAAGUUUCAUUUCUGUCAUGUGCGGCCACACCGACCAUUUUGAGAAGGUGAAGAGCAAGAGGCAUUCUUUCUUCGUCUCGCUCACUGUGCCCGACGUGUCAGGUUCCUUGGAGUUGAUACCUCGAGUGGUUGCAGGAUCAGACGCCGUUGAGUUGCGGGUCGAUUUGCUGAAGGACUACUCAGCUGAGUUCGUUGGUAUCCAGGUAGCUCUAUUGCGGGCCACUGCCAAGAUUCCAAUUGUCUUUACAAUUCGCACCCAGAGUCAAGGCGGCAAAUUCCCGGACAAUGACUUUGAAGGUGCUACGGCACUCUACAAUGUCGCGCUACGCAUGGGCUGUGAAUACAUUGAUGUUGAGUUGACUUGGCCGGAGAGCGUCAUUCAAGGCGUGGUGGGCGCUAAGGGCUCUUCUCGCAUCAUUGCCUCACACCACGACCCCGAGGGCACAUUGUCUUGGAAGAAUGGAGCCUGGAUACAAUUCUACAACAGGGCACUCCAGUUUGGCGACAUCAUCAAGCUGGUUGGUGUGGCCCGGAGUCAGGACGACAACUUCGCUCUGGCAAACUUCAAGCAACGAAUGCUCGCGGCUCACGAGACUCCUAUAAUUGCCAUGAACAUGGGUCCUCUCGGCAAGCUUAGCCGUAUCCUGAAUGGCUUCCUAACACCAGUCUCCCACCCCGCUCUUCCUUUCAAGGCUGCGCCAGGCCAGCUGUCGGCUGCUGAGAUCCGCCAGGCUCUGACUUUGAUUGGAGAGCUGGAUGAGCGUGCCUUCUAUCUGUUCGGAAAGCCCAUCGAUCAGUCAAGGUCUCCAGCACUGCACAACACCCUGUUCAAGGCCAACGGUCUCCCGCACCACUACUCCCGCUUUGAAACGGACCAUGCGUCAGACGUUAAAGAAUUGGUGAGGUCUCCCAACUUCGGUGGUGCCUCGGUCACGAGGCCUCUGAAGCUCGAUAUCAUCGACGUUAUCGACAAGUUGUCGGACGCAGCCAAGACCAUCGGCGCCGUGAACACCAUAAUACCCCUUCCAUCCGAAGACGGCAGCCAGCAGAUUUUGCUGGGCGAAAACACUGACUGGAUGGGCAUGGUGUACGCACUUCGCCAGGCCGGUGUCGUAGGAAACAUCCGCACGUCGUCCGCAGGGGGCCCGGGAGUGGUGAUUGGGAGUGGUGGCACUACGCGUGCGUCCAUCUACGCGCUGCACUCACUCGGCUACUCGCCCAUCUACGUGGUGGCUCGCAAUUCUGCGAGCGUCGCCAAGCUGGCCUCGAUGUUCCCGUGCGACUACCACGUGCAGCACCUGUCGAGUGCGGCCGAGGAGGACUUUGCGGGACCACUUCCACGAGUGGUCGUCAGCACUAUCCCCGCGGACCUGCCAAUGGAGCCAGGGAUGAGCGACAUCGUGUCCAAGGUGCUGAACCUCCCCGACCACGAGGCGAGCGGUCGAAAUGUGCCGAAGAGGACGAUGCUGGAGAUGGCGUACAAGCCGCGGCGCACGGCUGUCAUGGCGAUGGCAGAAGAGGCUGGUUGGCAAACGAUUCCCGGGCUGGAAGUUCUGGCUUCCCAAGGAUGGUACCAGUUCCAACUCUGGACGGGGAUCUCACCCUUGUACACGGAUGCGAGAGGGGCGGUCAUGGCUGAUGAAGAGGCCGCUUCCAACGGUACUUCGUGA